AUGGUCGUCCCCUCCGAGGCCUUCGCCCUCCUAGUCCUCCCCAAUGUCUCCCUCACCCAGAACAGGGAAACCGACACUGGAACUCUGUCUCUCGAAUGUGUCACCGUGCCCCACCCAGGUGCAUCCAGCGGCGUCGAGCGCGAUGUCUACCUCGUCUUGCGAUUAAACACCUCAGAGACUCCCCUGGAUCCUGAACGGAUCGUGCAACGCAUCGAUGGACCCACCGUCAGGAUCUACAACUUUUAUGGCAGCGCGACUGACCCUACCGAGAUCAACCUCACCUUCCAUCUGUCACACAAUAAUCCACCCGGAUAUCUGGAGGACCUGGACACGUUCGAGAGCAUCCUCGCUCAGUACCAUGCAGAUUUGAGGGGGAGCAGCUACAAUGGCGCAGCUGGCGGAUCGGAGAAAGGGGCCACCUCGGGAGGACCCCUCAAAGCGACCACAAAGUCGCUGGGAACAGUACCAAUCGGAGGGGUGACGAAGGAUAAAGACCUGCGGGGCCAUCUUGUUAUGGUAGAUGAGUCCACCGGCGAGGUCGUAGGCCAGGUUGAAGACCGUUUCAGGAUCAGGGAGGAUCCAAUUAUGCACACCCGAGGUCACGAAAACGACCCCGUGGUUAUCGAGGUCUCGGAGGAGUCCCCUGCAGAUUCGGAUGCCAAUGCACUCGAAGCUUUUGCUCGUGUCGUCCCUCCUGACCAACAGAAUUGGAUCACGAAAGGCGCGACAGUUGUCAGCCAUGCCAUUUCAAUGACGACCAAUCUUAUGAUUACCACCAUUACUGCAGCCUCUAACUACUACAUCAACCACUCGACUCCAUCUCCUCAUCAUUCAGGAGCCAACACUCCAGCCAGAACUCCCAGCAAAGAUGGAUCGACACCUGCGGGGCCUGGAGGCACCCCUCCUCCCCUUCCACCUCGUCCCCGUGCGCUGGUCUUCCUCACUUCAGAGCGCACUCGAAAGGGCUUGGGUAAAGUCCACGCUGUCAGUGGCGAGGCUGUCAAGGUGUCAGCCAAGACGGUCGGAUUCAUCGAUAACAUGAUUCGCAAGGCCAUCGGUGCCAACCCCAAGCGGGACAAGACGGCCUUCCUCCGCACUGGAGGCACAGGCCCAUCUGCGGACCUGAAUCAGGUAUCUCCAGCCCCCUCAAUCACCUCAUCUUCGUCGUCCAAAUCCGCUGGGCUUGCGCCACCUGCGUACAGCCAGACUCCAAAUGGACCGCCACUGCCUCCUCGACGUUCGCCCUCACCUGUUCCGCCACCCCUUCCUCCCCGUUUAAGCACAAAGGAUAAGGUGCUCAUCUCAGCAGAUUUGAUCCUUUCGACGAUUGAUCAUUCAACGCGACAACUCUUGGAUACUGGCACGGCGCAAUUGGGCAAAGUCAUGCACCACAAAUACGGCGAGGAAGCAGCGGAGUCGUCAACUAUGAUCGCGAAUACAGCUCGCAAUGUCGGGUUGGUUUAUGUCGACAUGCGAGGUAUUGGUCGUAGGGCAUUGCUCAAGCGGGCUGGCAAGACCUAUGUCAAGAGCAAGUUCUCGAGCAACAAGGGCACGAAUGUCGCAGGGCAACAGCAUUACGAGUCGCCCAUCCCCACUCCGAAUACCCUCAAGUAA